GGGUGGAAAGAAAAAUUUAACAACAAAAAUUCAGUUGAGAAAAAAUUUUUAGUGGAAAUUUUCUUCAUAUAUUUGCAGCUGUCGUUUGUGUUUUAAUUAAACGUUAAUAUAUUCUAUUUGUGUUUAAAUAUUCAUAACUAAAAUAUUCAAUAGCAAAUUUGAUGGUAAAAGAACAAAAGAACAAAAACAUCAAACACCUAUAAAUGUAAAUGAAAAUAAAAGUGCAGUGCAAAAAACAAAUUGCUUAAAAGAAAAAACAAAAUACAAAAAAUCAAAAGCAGUCAGUCUGCCAAAAACGAAACGAGUUUUUUCCUUGUAUAUUUUGUUGUUGUUUUCUUUAUUAUUUCUGUGUGUGAUUUUCUUGUCUUCUUCAGUUUUCUUCUUAUUUGCGGUAUCGCUAUCAAAAAUCAGUCGCCGCGACUCUAGAAGUUUGUGCGUUUGUGAUUGAUAUUGGAAUUAUUUAGUUUUUUUUUUGUUAUUAAAAAAAUAAAAGUAUUUAAUACUCUCGUUUUUUUAUUUACACACUCAUAUGCAAAUUUAUCAAAAUAAUUAAUUAUUCAUGGGAGUUGUGUGUUUCGUGUUUAUUAUUGUAAACUUGUGAUGAUAAAAUUAUGUAAAUUUGUUAAUUUUCAAAAACAGUUUAUACGACAUCGCAGUAUAGUAAAAAAAUAAAUAAACGUAACAAAAUUAUAAAUAAAAUCCUUUAAAAAUAUUUUAAAAAAGUGAAGUGUAUUUAAAUUAUACUAUUGUCGAUUUGCUGUUGCAUUGCAAUUGCUGCUGUGGCUUGUAUGUGGCUGCUCACUCCUAAAUAUUCUCAGACGGACAAUUGCCACCCUAAAGUUGUUUUAUUAUUUAAUAUCCUUUUCGUGAUUGUUUUGCUGCUGCUCGUGUUGUUUGUAGGGCAAUGAAUUUAAAGGGUCUCCAUAAUCAUAAUAAUACUCCAAGCAGUUUUGAUGAUUGGAUUUCUGUGCGGUUAAAUAGACUUUUAACGACAGUUACUGAUAAGCCACCUCUUGCGCCCAUCAUGAAAACUUUUCUGAUUAACAACAGUUUACAAAAUGCAGUAGAAAAUAAUAUGCAACUUCAACAUUGAACGUAAAUACGCUAAAAAUAAAAACAACAACAAACUUGAACUAGUGAACGAACGACACAAAAAUAUUAUUAAACAAUAAAAAAAAAAUAUAAAUAAAAAAAUUCAACACAAAAAUCCACUCUACUUAAGAAAUAAUGCCAAGUGUAAAUGUAAACAAAAUUUGACAACAACAAAAAUAAAUAAUAACAACAACAAACACAUUUUGUUGAUAUGCCAAUGACUAGAUAAAUUAAUGCAAAACAAAAAACAAAAAAUUAUUUACACUCAUAAACAAAAACAACAAAGAAAAUCAAAUAUUUUAAAUAUUUAUUCAAAUACACACAACAUACCAAAUACUAGCAAAUAAAGUAUUUAUUUCUAUACAAAAAAAAAAACGCAAAAAUUUCAAAUAAAAUUUGUUCUAAAAGAAAUCAAUUCAUUGUGGAGGGUUUAAAGGAAUACGCCAAACAAAAGCCCACAAAGCCACUACAACAACAGCAAAAACAACAUAAGCAGCAGCGUUGGUCUAUAACAUCUACACCAACAAUUGCAAGAUCAUCAUCAACAUCAACAUCAACAGCAGCAUCAGCCAUUACAACGACACCGCUAACAACGUCAACUUAUUCACGUCGAAUACGUAAAUAUUACAAAAGUAUCAUAGCAAUGCGAACAAAACAUUUCAUUGUAAUACUGUGUUGUGUGGUUGCAACCACUCUGCUCUUUAUAGUACUGGGCACAGCGGGUGAACCCAAUGAUUCAUUAAAAAGUAUUGUCUCACAGACACAUCAACAAUUGAAUAAGUUACAGGAAAACUUACGUGUUUCAGAACAAAAGAAACUAGAAAUAGAUCCAAAAUACUUAACAAUUUUGGGUUUUACCUCAUCCACAUCCUCCUCAUCACUGUCUUCAUCAUCGUCGUUAUCACAUCCGACAAAAAAUUCCGAAUCUCAGUACUAUAAAUAUGAAACAAAUCCAAACGCGCAAAAGACUUCAGAAACCAGAGAUGGUCAGGGCUAUAUAGUAGAAAUUCAACAUUUACCUCUUGAACAGGAAACAGAUAACAGCAACAAUAAUGCUGCUGAUAAAUUCCAUUCGAAAACGGCUCAUGUACAUACAACACCAUUCUUUAAUGGCACAAAAGCAAAUUUCACUAUUGUCACUUAUGUUCAGGAGGGUCAAGCUCCCUCAGCCAUAUUACUUUCACAGAAUAUCGCUUCUAAAUUUCCAAACGAAUACUUACUCAUCUACGACUUAGGUCUAUCGGAGGACGACUUAAGAGCCCUUAGUGCUUAUUGCAAUAACUCCAGAUGCACAGUGAUAUCAUAUGAUUUAUCAGUGUUUCCCUCAUACGUUGCCGAUCAACGUAUGCAUGCAUAUCGUCCAAUUGUGAUAAAAGAUGCAUUAAUGCGUUCAAAAUCUAUACUUUUUGCUGAAAACUAUAUGCGUAUACGUGGUUCUAGUCGUGAUCUCUCCGAUCUACAAACAAAGGUAGCCGAAACGGGUGUUCUGGGAUGGAAUACACCGACUGCGGUAUCAACGCGUACACAUCCGAAAAUGUUUGAUUAUUUUCAAACGGAUGCGGAUGAUUUUUUCUUUUUAAGAAUGGUCGACUUGGAUACGGUGCUGUUUGUUGAUACCGUAUUCGUAACGGAGAAAAUCUUAUUGCCAUGGAUAAAAUGUGCCCUAACGUUGGAAUGUAUAGAUCCUAUAGGUGCUCAAUCAAAUGGCUGCAAAUAUAAUAAAAAGCCCCAAUAUCGUUAUUCUGGUUGCCAUAGUUAUGAUACUUCUGCUUUUAAUAUUGUUCUAGGACUAACAUGGCAUCUUGAUGACACAAAAUAUUCACUGCCAAGUGAAAAUUAUAACAUUUUUUAUAAGGAAACAUUAGAACAAGCUACAAAAAUUCUCGAAAAUCGUAGACGUAAUAGCAGUGAAACCUCAGAACACCCUUUUACAGAUGAGUAAAAAAUAUAUCUGAAUAUUUUGGAAAUCUGAACAAUACCACAAACACAAUACAUCAUUAUCAUUUAAACUAAAAGAAAUAAGAAUGCUCUAAGUUACAAUAAUAUGAUUACAAUAUAAUUUCUUUUUUACGAAACAAAAAAUAACUUGUUAAAUUAACAAAUAUUGCCUCAAAUAAAAAAAUUAUCUAUAAAAUAAAUAACAUGAGGAUGGGUUUUAAGAAUCAGCUUAAACUUAAUUAUUAAGUUUAAACUGUAAUAGAAUUAAAAAUUACACAUAAUAUCUAAUCUAUCUAUACAUUACUUUUAAAAAACAAAAAUACUUAAUAUUAUGUUUUUGAAAUAAGAAUAAUUUUCUAAAAAGAAACAAUAAAAAAACCAAAUAAUUUUCUUAGAGAAAAUUAAAAAAAAACAUACCAUGAAUUAAACUGAAAAACAAAAAGUAAAAUAUCUUAAUAAAACAUAAUGCUUAAGUCUAACAAUGCAUAAAAUUAUACAAGUUUAGAACUAAAAUGGUAUUUAAGAAAUGAAAAUGCAAGAUUUCAAAUUAAAACUAAGUAAUUAAUAUAAUUAUAAGAGUAUUUGGUAAUAUUUAUUAUUAUUAUUUUUCUAAUACUUAUUUUAUUUGUUUAGUUUUUAGUUUUUUUAUGUUAAUGAAGUAAUUUAAAGUUCAAGCUUAGCUUUGCUUGAAUAAUUGUUAAAACUUUUUUGUUGGAUUUUUUUUAAUUUAAAAUAAAUAUUUUUUUAUUUGUCUAUAAUUAUAGAAAACAAGCGAUGAAUAUAAGAAUGAAAGUGAUUUAGAAAAUUAAGCAUAAAAUGUGAUUAUUAUUUAAUUAGUUUUUCUUACAUUAUAUAAUUUUUUUUAAUAUUCAAAGGUUUUUUGCAAAAUUUGUAGUGAUUGAAAAAAGUAAUAAAAAAAAUUAUUAUAACAAAAGUAUUAUUCUAUUUCAGCUUAAUUUUGAAUGAGAGCUGUAGAUUUUUUUUCAUCUUAAGAAUAAAACUGAAACGAGAAGUCAUCAUUUAUAGCUUACGAAAAACGAUAAAUAAAUGAACAAUUAUUGCUAUAUACAAAUAUUA